AUGGCCACAUUGCAGUUCCUUCUUCGACAUGGCUGCUAUUGUGGAUUUGGUAAUCACGGGAAUGUAAUGCCUGAAGAUGGAUAUGAUGAUUGUUGCCGGAAGCACGAUGAUUGCUACGACAAACUAGUGAAAGAAGGUGCCUGCUCAUGUACUUUGGGGCAAUACCUGUUGCCGUACUGGUUUAGAUGCAACAAAUGUCAGGCGAAAUGCUAUUGUAAGUGCAACAUACAGAAAGAAAUAAUUUUUUAUUUGAAAAAAAUACCUUCACAAUUUACAUUGCCGUUCCCCUUCAAGUAUAUCGGGUGGUAUAAGCGAUGUGCACUCGAACUGUGCGAAUGCGACAGAAAGAUGAUGGAGUGCUGGAGGCGAGAACAAUGGCUUUAUGAAAGCGGAGCUCCACCGGAUAAAAAGACUUGCAGAAAAACCACAAAUGCUCUAACACCUCAGAUCACGGUCUCUAAGGAACGCUCCUGGUGGGAAAGGCAGUUUGAGCGUAUACUCUACCCUAACAAAAAAGAGGUGAAUGAAGAAAAUACGAAUAGAAUAGACGAAUCCGAGAUGGAUAAACCAGGAUUGAAGUGUAAAAAAUAUGCAGUAGGAACGGUAGCUGAUGUGAAAGGAACUGAAAUUUCGAAUGAGAUACACUGA